AUGACACUCUCCUCCAGUGGCCCGGGAGACAUGACACUCUCCCCCAGCCGACAGCCCGCAACAACUGGGCAAACUACAAUGGCGGACGCCACGUGGAUAACAAGCCACGGCACAGAGGAGCCUGAUAUCCUGAAGCGGCUAGAGCUCACCUUUGCAGCCUUUUGGGUAAAACUAGCCGACAAACUGGAACAGGUACAGCCCUGCAAGCCAAAAGUCACCUUGCCCGACGUACCAUCACCCAGCUCCCACCAGCGACAAGUCACCCCCAAGCGGAAGAGUGUUGGAAAAUGGCGCCGGAGACGACGACACUUCCAGCCUGCUCGCAAUCCUGCUCGCACUCACAGAGCAAGGGGUGGGAACCCUUCUGAGAGACCGCCGCGACAUUGGUGGGGAUACAACAGAAGGCACAACACCAAGAAGGCACCAGGUGGCACCCCUCCACCGACAGCUCCCACCUGCCGGCCCACUGUGAGCUGGGAAAGCUUGCUGCAAGCAACAUGA